AUGACGCACCUCUGCUGUCCUGUCGCGUUGUGUUCUCGCGAGUGACUUGUGAGCUUGUGAGCUGUUUGAGGUCGGUAAGUGCACGAAAGGCUGUUCAGUGCUAUUGUUUGGUUGUCGGGUUCAUGUCGUGUCGCGUUAGUUUUCGUGCCUGGCCAGUGAAAGUGAGUGAAAUAAGGACUGCAAGAAGGAAAAACAGAAGGAUGCUGCAGUGGCGCGCUAGAGGCUAAACGGGACGCAGGAGCAAGGAAAUAUGCGGUUAGCAGCUGCACAUCGGCUAGCAUGAUGACAUUAGUACCAGGCAUUUGUUUUAUAGCUUUAAAUCACAGAUGAUAUAACUGAUUGCAUUUUUUUUAAAACUGUGGUUAAGGUAGCUUCUUAUAAAUCACGGUAAAUCUAGACGCCUGUCAAAUCCAAGGGCGCGGCUUUUAGACACUUAGCGGUAGCAGUGCUGAACGCUAAAAACAAGGAGAAAGCAUGCCUCCAACACAGCCUCAUUAUAGUGUGUGUGUGUGUGUGUGUGUGUGUGGUUGUUGUUAUUAUUAUUACAUUUUAAAACAAAAUGAAAUAAUAUUUAAAUGAAUAAACAGCCAAAUUAAUAUACAGUUCACAGCAUCUCAGUGUACAGACAGUGUGGCAGAAGAAGUGAUUUUACGGUAACACUUGUCAAUAAAGGCCUUACAUCAAAUAAAUUAAUUUACUACAAAAUUAUUUUGAAGAAAUUGUAUGUUCAAAUUAAACCAUAAAUCAAUUAUACUUAAGAUAAAUAUCAAUAUCAACCAAUAAGCAUCAUUUCUUUGUUUGAUGGACUAUGCUCAGAAUAAAAAUUAAUUCAUUUUACUGCAGAAUUUUCAAGUAAUCGAUAUUCAAACUCACAAGAUCAGUUAGUCCAACUGAGCCAGGAGUCAAGUUUAUGCCACUGUAAAAUGGUCAUUUCAAAUCUGUAGACUAUCAAACCAACACAGAUCAGUUCAGUGUGUGUAGGACUAUGCACAGUACAACACUGAAUUGAUUUGUGUUGACUGUAGCGAUUAUGAUUAUUAUGAUUAUGACUGCAUGUGAGUUAUAGUGCUGUUGACCCUGUAUCUGGACAACUGUGAAGCUGAUCAUCACAACAGUCAAAGAGCUCACUAUUAUUGUGAGAACGCAGUGUUGUAGUGUCGUAUCUGACCUAGUUUCUCGCUUAAACGUGUCUGAGUAAAUACAGAACCACAAAUACAGACAUAUGGAAACAAAUAAUUAGCUUUAUUAAGACAUUAAUGUGUGGGCAAAAUGCAUACACAUCUUGGCUACCUAAGCUUGGAUUGCUUUUUGUCCAGACAGGAAUAUGUCCAAAAAAAAAAAAAAAAAAAGAAACAGCACAAUGGAUAGUGAACUGCUCAAUAUUACAACAAAGGGAUCGCAGGGGUUCUAACCCUGUCCCUGACAGAUCAGGAUCAAGUGCUUAUUUUCUGUAUCUGGUGGUGAAAUAAGACUAGCAGCUUGUAGCUUGUUUUGGUGUAAUUUAGGUGUAAUUCUGUAGCUCGGAGAGACAUAUGACAAGCCUAAUUUCCUAACUUGUAUGUACUUGAAUGUGUAAAUAGAUAACCAAAUAAGCUCUUAGCAGACAAUUUUUGUAUAAUCAGACAGUGUGCUUAGCAAUCAAAUACCUUUUCAUAAGCAUAUCACGAUGUUAUGAAUGUAAGAAUAAUGGUAAAUGAACUGCAGCAUGGAGUGAAGUGAGGUAAUCUAAUGAAAAUGAAGCUUUCACUCUGUACGAAAGGGAAGUUUUACUGUUCUUUCUGCAACCCAUGUUCUAAACCACAUAAAUAAUAGCUUAUAUUAAAAUCAUACUUGGUAGGGUGGAAGUAUGCCAUGUGGGAUGUACACUGUAGUUAACCCUGCUCUCUUUAUACGGUGUAGUACAGUAGCAUGCUUCAGUAAACUCCAUGCUAUUUAUACUAUGUUGUGUUGUAGUAUGCAUCACUAAACUCCAUGCUGUUUAUACUACAUAGUACAGUAGUAUGCUUCAGUAAACUCCAUAUUAUGUAUAUAUUAUGUAGUGUGGUAGUAUGCUGUAGGCAAUUGGAUGUAGAUUCAGUAAUCUCCAUGCUAUUUAUACUAUGUAGUUCAGUAGUAUGCUUCAGUAAACUUCAUGCUAUUUAUACUAUGAAGUGUUGUAGUAUUCUUCAAUAAACUCCAUGCUAUUUAUACUAUGUAGUGCAGUAGUAUGCUUUAGUAAAAUUCAUGUUAUUUAUAGUAUGUAGUGAUGUAGUGUGCUGUAGUGCAGUUUUUCUUGAUCCUAAUCAUGGAGUAGCACUUUUUUUUUCUCUUCUAACUCAUCCACUUCCACCUAGUGCAGGGUUGUUAAUAUGCAGGAGCAGGACUGAGAAACACUAGCUUCAGUAAACCCUCCAAUGUCCAGACUGUUAAGGAGCCGUAAGUAAGUGAGGUAACACCGUUUCUGGCAUCAGAAAAGCAUCACUUCCCCCCGCCAUGUCCCUCAUAGUAGCCCUGUCUUCAUCUUUUAUGCAUUCGAGAGAGUCGCAGGUGGCGGAGUUUUGUUUCAGGCAGGCGGCUCGCGAUACCAAAGAUGCUUUAUUAGACGGAUUUUGGUGACACUUGUAGAGACGUGAAAUAUGACUCCAACCAGACGGCACAAAAAUCCAGCAUGAAAUUAAAUAGAUUGCAUUAUGAAGUAUUUAUAAACUGUAGAAUCACAUAGUGUUUUCUCAUUAUGCACAAGGGGAAAGCUGGCACAAUUGUAACACGCUUGUUUUCUCUGAAAGCACGCAUGCAUGCAACUGUGUUAUCAUUGCAUCCAUAUACAAGUACAUCACUUCUCUGUCCCUGGAAAAAAAAUAGCAAGAUUUGUCCACUCUUGCUGAAGAUAUUUGUGAAAACCCACAUUUUGUUCCAGGUGAAGCUGUGCUGCAAACGUAUCCAGAUAAUACACAUCAGUAUUUUGUUGCUGUCUUGCUCUCUGUGUUGACAUUCACCCAAAGUCAGCAGGCAGUGAGCUCCUUUGUCCUCCACCCCUGCGCUAUGAGCAGAGGUAGAGGAGGGCACUCCAAAGAGUACCAGCGAUUCUCCCUCCCAUCCCAUCAGAGCAAAUCCAGUCAAGGAUUCUUCUCCCAAACGUACCCAGCUCACUCCAGAAACCCUCAGGUCCCAAGCCCCAGCGCUAGCUUGGGCAGGUUCCAGCAUCCGCCCCCCUACUCAUCCACUGGCCCUCCUGGAGCUUCUCCAAGUGGUUCUUUUCUGCCUCCAAAUCCUUUUACAUCUCAGUUCCCUGGACCUUCCCAAGUGCAAGCUCAGAGGUCGACAUCAAAUAGAGGAGCUUGUGGUGACGACGCAGCAGACUUUCGCCAGCAGCAAAUCCUGUUUCUAAGUGGACAGAGUGCUGAGGCACCCAAGUUUGUGCCGCUUCAGUCCAGCCACCUCGGCAGUCCUCCCCAGCGUCAGACAGGAUAUUAUAAUUCCCCAAAGUCCAGCAACUACGUGAGAAGAGGGGGUUAUAUUCGAGGCAGGCCAAGCUGGGAGAAAGGGUUUAACACCAGGUACCAUCCUGGACCUAAGUCUGUCUGGGAGCAACAUCACUUAAGAAGCCAGAAUAAUCAGUAUCAGUGUGACAGCCGGGUGGACUUUGACGCCACCGGACUGUCUUCAGCCUUUCAUGCUCUGUCAGUAGAGAACGUUGGUACGGUCUUGUCAUCUGGUAGUUCUGGGAGUAAGGCUUCCUAUUCACUUCCCUCACGUAGAUAUUCCUUGCAGCUGACACCUGAAAUCCAAAAGGAGGUCCUCAGUUCUUUGGCUUCAUUGCAGCCAGAUGAAACCAUCCAGGCCAGGGUCUUAGCUAAAAGACUUCGAUUGCCCAAGAAGAUUGUUAACCAAGCUCUGUACACUUUAUCCAGCUUAAACCAAGCAGUGAGGGUAGAAGGGACUCCUCCUCUCUGGAGACUGUGUAAAGAAGGUGACACGGAAUCCUCCCACUGGAGAACCCAGUUUAGAGCAAAGACUGAUAAAAAGUUUGCUCAGGAUACAUCUAUAAAGCAAAACCAGGGUAUUAGUCAGGAAGUAAAACCAGACAGCAACUUUACCAGUGCGACAUCAAUCACUACAGAGGCCAGUAGUGAUUCCAGUGAGGAAUCUGAAGACUCUGAAAAAGAAAGUUCCUCUGAAGUUCUGGACUCUGACCAGGCUGGAGAUACAUUUUUAUCCACUGAAAAGGAAUCAGGUCUUUCCACAACGAUGGAAGCAAAAGACAGCAAGGAGCAGAUUCUGCAGUACCUCCAUGAGACUGGCCAAGCCAAUGCAUUGAUGAUUGCCAAAAACCUGGGCUUGCGAAAUGCCAAGCAGGUUAAUCCUACACUGUAUGCCAUGGAAAAGCAUGGCGACCUUAGUCGCAAUUCAGGCAGUAUGUCACCUGCUUGGGCGCUGUCAGCUCACCAGCGUGAGAAGAUGGACCGACAGCGGAAAGCAGCUGUUGCUGCGUCUAUAUUACAUAAUGAGUCAGAGCUUUGUGGAACGCCAGGCCCAGUGAAAGCUGCACAAACAACCCUAAAGAUGGCUUGUGGAUCUGGGUUGUCAGAAGAAGUGAUGAACUGGGAGAACCUCCCGACAAAUCAGAAAUGUGAGAGCAAGGACGGCAUGUUUGGGAACGGAAUGCUUGAGAAGCAGUCACAUUCUGAUAUGAACUCUAUACCUGCGCUUGAAAAAAUUCCCUCAGAUGACAAUGACCUUACGUCUGUUCCCUACUCCUCCCAUGAUGCCUCGUACUACCAGGCAGAUGACGAGAACGGGGGACACUCGGAGUGGGCAUCAGAUGAUAUCCCAGAAUUCCUGAACACAAUCCGGUCAGAGGUGGCUGUGUCCCUAGCAGCACCUCUUCCUCCAGCCCAGAAUACACAGACCAGCAAGUUGCAGAAGCUAAGACUGGCACUCAGCAAGAACCCUGUCAGUGGCCUGAUGGAGUACGCACAGUACCUUGGAUACAGCUGUGAAUUCCUCCUGCUUGAACAGUCAGGACCCUUACAUAACCCCAGGUUUCGAAUGCAAGUGAUGCUCGAUGGACGUAGGUUCCCACCAGCUGAAGCCUCAAACAAGAAAGUGGCAAAGAAGGUUGCAGCUGCAGAGACCCUUCAGGCUCUCUACAAAGAGCUGGAGGGAGCUGCUAGUGUGGAGGAUGAAGCAGAGCAGCCUGCAGUGCCAUUGGCAGACCUGAAUGAUUUUGCUGAGGAUUCUUUUGAGAGUUUGGAGGAGCCGCCAAAGCCCUUGACUCGCUCCCUUCCAGGCGGCAAGAACCCUGUUUCUGUUCUAAUGGAGCACGGCCAACGUAGUGGCCACGCCAUUGAGUUUAUCAAUACUGGACAGGAAGGUCCGGCACAUGACCCACGCUUCAUGUUCCAAGUAAAGGUUGGGGACAGUCUUUACCCGGAGGCGUCAGCACCCAGUAAGAAGGCAGCACGGCAACUGGCAGCAGAGGAAGCUGUGAAGGCUCUUCUGGCAGAAGGACAACUGCAGCUCAACAAGCCACAGCACACGUUUUGUCCACUUGGCGAAGGCGAUUUGCCCCCGGCGAUGCCCCCGUGCCCGUCACUGCCCCCGCUGACAGCAGCUGAGCUCCAGGCAGCACAUGAGGCUGGAGUAGGCGACCUGAUCAACCACCUAAACAACAAUGCUGUGUCAGGCCUUCUGGAGUAUGCACGUUCACGAGGCUUUGCUGCUGAGAUCCGUCUGGUGGGCCAGUCAGGACCCUCACACGAGCCACGCUUUACCUAUCAGGCUAAGCUGGGAGGUCGCUGGUUUCCAGCGGUAUGUGCCAGCAAUAAAAAGCAGGGCAAGCAGGAGGCAGCUGAUGCAGCUCUCCGAGUGUUGAUAGGAGAAGCGGAAAAGGCGGCACGCACAGGGGAACUUACGGCAGAGUUGCCGGUGUCAGGUAGCACGCUGCACGACCAGUUCGCCAUGCUGAGUCACCAGCGUUUCAAUGCACUCACUGCUCGCAUUCAGCACAGCCUUUUGGGGAGGAAAAUCCUUGCCACAAUCAUCAUGAAGAGAGGUGCUGACAGCCUGGGCACAGUCGUUAGCCUUGGGACAGGAAAUCGCUGCGUUAAAGGAGAGGAACUGAGUCUUAAAGGUGAUACUGUUAACGACUGCCAUGCUGAAAUCAUUUCCAGAAGAGGCUUCAUCCGCUUUUUGUACAGUGAGUUGAUGAAGCAUUGGGAUAGUCCCGAGGAGGACAACAUAUUUAAGGUUGCAGAGGAUGGUUUGCUCAAGAUCAAAGAUGAUAUCACGUUCCAUCUGUACAUCAGCACUGCUCCAUGUGGGGAUGGUGCUCUCUUCGAUAAAUCGUGCACUGAGCUAGCGGAGGUCACCGGCUCAGCUCACAUGCCCCUAUUUGAGAAUGUUAAACAGGGCAAGCUCAGGACCAAAGUGGAAAACGGUGAGGGUACCAUCCCAGUGGAGUCGAGUGCCAUCGUGCCCACUUGGGAUGGCAUCCAGCAUGGCGAGCGCCUCAGAACCAUGAGCUGCAGCGACAAGAUCCUGCGCUGGAACGUGCUGGGCCUGCAGGGGGCUCUGCUCAGCCACUUUAUACACCCUGUGUACCUUAAGUCCAUCACCUUGGGGUACCUGUACAACCACGGUCAUUUGACUCGAGCUGUGUGCUGCCGAUUGGCCAGAGAUGGCAGCGAGUUAGUUAAAAGCUUGCCUCCUCAGUUCACACUUAGCCACCCUGAGGUCGGCAGAGUGAGCGUGUAUGACUCAACACGUCACACAGGAAAGACCAAAGAGUCCAGCGUAAACUGGAGCCUGCCAGACAAGCUCAGAGUGGAGGUACUGGAUGGCACCAAGGGCAAAGUGGAUGGUCCAAAGCUAGAGGUGUCCCGCGUCUCCAAGUCCAACUUGUUUCGUCUUUUCCGGGACGUGUGCAGGCGGGCCGGCCGGAGUGACCUGCUGGCGCUGACCUCCUAUGCCCAUGCCAAGAUGGCCGCCUGUUCUUUCCAGCUGGCCAAGGAGCAGUUCUUCAAGGCUCUGAGUCAGCUGGGUUAUGGAGCCUGGAUCGGCAGACCACAGGAGGAGAAGGGCUUUGAGGCAGAGGAAACUGAACCUCAGAACUUACUUUCAGCUCCAUAAGGACAAAAGGAGGGUGGGAGGAGAGAAGGAGAGUGGAGGAAAAGUGCAGCCAGCGAUUAAAAUCUUUCUGGUGGUUGGAGAAAAAUGGCUGAUGAGAGAAGACAAACGAGAGAGACUUGGGAUGGAGAAAGAGGGUGGGAAAGAGAAAGGGCUGAAGAUUUGGUUUGGAUCAUUCCACCUCAGCCUGGGAUGGAAAGAGAAAGAAAACUGAGCCAUAAAAAAAAGCCAGCUCACGUAUAAGAACAAUAUAUGUAGCUUUCUUUGGAAUCCCCUCUAAACUCUGUUAUGCACCAAGACCUAUCUGAAGCACUUCUCUCUCUCAAUCUGUUUCAAUCUCUCUCAUUCUCAUGGGGGGUGGGGUGCAUAUGAGGAGAGAUGAAAUGAGAGGCUGUUAUAAAAUCUCUUUAUUUAAGAUCAACCUCGCCUGCUAGUAACAGCUGCAGUAAUUGUAUACCAUUAUAGAUAUUAUAUUACAAAUCAACACAAAAGGAUGCUGAUAGUGCCACGUCUCCCCUCGCAGCAAUUAAUGGGCUUUCUCGCAGUCUCUGUCUCUCUUUGUCUCUCUCACCUACAGAAUACUUGUUUCUGGCUGAAGUUGAAACUGUGGACCAAGGAGCUUCAUUAUUUUCCUUUUGAUAACCAUAUGCAUCACAUUCUUCUGUGCAUUUCAUUCACAUUUCCUCAACUAUUGGCUGAAUUAUAAAACAAUUUUAAUGACAUGACUACAGCGGGUCUAGGUGGCUAGUCAGUCCACUCUACAUAUUAUAUAUAUAUAUAAUAUAUAUAUAUAAUUUUUCUCACAUGGUCUCUUUAGCUUUGCCUAUGGGUGAGCACUGCUAAAAUAAUUUGAAAAGCUUGUACACAUAUAUUUGGAAAAAUGUAUACAUAAUGUACAUACAGAUACAUACAAUCACAAAUGUAUAUAAGGUCGCUUCACACUGUGCGAGUUUAUAUACAUGUGUGUGUUUAUGUAUAUGUAUAUAUUGUAUGUAUAUAUUUUAUAGAGUUUCAUAAAUUUGUGUUGGAAUUGACUAGUGUUGAUAGUUGUGAUGCAGAUAUUUUUGGGAUAGUCAUAUCUCCCUACAUGGACACAUCAUGUUCCAUAUUCGGUUUUGUGAGAAAUGCAGUUCAAAUGUACCUUCACAACCUCUGUGAGUGUGUGUAUGUGUGUUUGAUGUGUAUUAUGUCUGUUUUCCUUUUUUAUUCAGUCUCAGUAAGAAGAGACGCUUGUGCUCUCGCUGUGACAUUUUUCAGUGGAAAUAAUUUUAACUUCUAAAUAUACAAACCAGAAUUCAUAGCUAUCUAAAAACACUUUUGGUUUUCCCUCAUGGUUUUUAAGUUUGACUGACAUCUGAUAAGUCCUGUCUUUUGUUCUAAAAUAAAUUGAGCUCUCUCAGUGCUUGGGAGUUUGGUUUUCUCUGUUUAAAAAAAAUAAAUAAUUGGCUGGAUUUUAAUGCA